CUUGCUCGCCUUUGAUCUCAACGGUGGUGUCGACGUGGUGGGUUGGUGAAACAAACAUGCCUCGUAUUUUGUUCGUGAGUGGUUUUCAUCCCGCUACGCGUGCGCGCGACCUCGCCUUUGAGUUUGAGCGCUAUGGGCCACUCAUUCGAUGCGACGUCCCCGCACCGCGGAACCCGCGUGCCAACUCGAAUCCUUACGCCUUCGUCGAAUUCAGAAGCCAGCGUGAUGCCGAAGAUGCCUAUUAUGACAUGCACGGAAGGAGUUUCGAAGGGGCGCGCCUGAGCAUCCAAUGGGCGAAGAAUCCUCCGUCUUCCGUUUGGCGCUACGACAGGCGGUCCCCUCCCGCCCGCCGCGAUCGUGAACGUUCUCGUAGUCCCCGCCGUCGCGAUGACAGGGAAAGAGACCGUGACCGUGACCGGGGGGAACGCGACAGGGACAGGGACCUCCGUGACAAGGACAGGGAUUUCGAUGAUAGGGACAGGAGGAGACGCAGCCGGUCGCCAGAACGUCGUCGGAGCCUGACUCCAGACAAAAGAAGAGAUGACAGGGCGCGGACGCCUCCUCCGGUCGACGAACCGCUGAAGGCUGAUGACAAGGCUCAGACACCUCCGUAUGAUCAGUGAACUGUUUUUCUUCCUCGAUGUUAAAAGGCCACUGCCCGCUCGUGGGGCAUAUCCUUGAUGUUUCUGUUUUUUUUCUGAAUGUCUUCUGUACAUACACGGUGUAUGUAACGGACAGUCACCACAAAAUCAUGAUUAUGUUCACCUAAAUAACAAGUUACCACACCACUGUUCAUCGUUGUAUCCAGAAAUGCACACUGUUAUUAGUCGCCA